UCAAAAAAAGUCCCGAGAGCAAAGUGAUGGUUUUCAGUGCAGUUUGGCGACAAGUGUUCAUCGGUGGAGCAGUAUUUGUAGUGUUGACAACAUAUUCUGAACCCCGCGUGCUUAAGUUAGAGUACUGAUUAUUGAAAUCAAGUGCGACACCUUUAAAGGGCUUCUCUGAAGCUCGACGUGGUGUCUUGUUGUUCAAGCUUUUUUUCAUUAGUUCAGUGAUGUAACUUUUUGUGUCGAAUGAAGUUCAGGAUUGCUCAAGGCAGCAGGGACGCUCGAGAGAGGACUCCAAUGAUUGACUUAUUGGUGCAAGUGACCACUUCAAACAAAAUCACUCCUGGUGAUCACGUUCUUCAAGUCAUGAACGAGAGAAGCGACGAUUUCCUUUACUACAAGCCCUCUACCCCCAUAGGUGCUCUGGAGGCAUCCACCGUUCAUAUUAUGCCCAAACAUCGGGUCAAUGACUCGAUUGUGAGAAAGGUCCCAAUGAAGAUGGUGAACCAGCCUUUUGAGACCACAUUCAGACUUCAAGUUCGCCUUCCUCGGAAUCAAUUGUAUGUGGCUCGAGUGACGCCCCGAAUGUCCAUUUCUCAGGUUUUGCAACUUGUAUGCAAGGACCGAAAUCUUGACGAGGAUAAGUUCGAGAUCAGACAUCCAGAUAACUUGGAUGAACGACUGAGGCCAAACUAUACAUUGGCCGAUUAUCAACUCACUGAGGUGUCCUUGGUGAGUGUCAGCAAGUCCAAUCCCAAUAGCCGAUCCGUAUCCACAUCAGACAUAUUCCGAUUCCAACAAGAGGCCGAGAUUCUCGCACGAGAGGCUGUGGUGGCCAAAAAACAUUUGGGAAGAAAAUCCUCCAAGACGAGAUCCAGUGCUGGAGAAAGCAGUGUGAGUAGUGGAUCCUUGGGAGAUCAAGGAGAUCGAUCACUUUCACCUUUAGUCAAUUCUCGGUCUGAAUUACAUUUGAACCACGUGGGAAGAAGUGGGUCAUCAUCCAUCAUGCCUGAACCACCAAGCAGACCGAGGAAAAAGAAGGCACCUCUGCCUCCUGGCAAAUCAAGACAGCUCCCAACAACUCCCGGGGAUGGGGAGCUGUCAUUGGCCGCUUUACACCGAAGUGGCCUGAUUGAUAGCCCCACCAAGUCGAUUUCCAUGUCAAAUUUGACUCAGUCCGGAAUCAACGGAGACUAUCCGUCAGCAUCCAAUUUGUCAACGGUAUCGGCGGGCUCAGUUUUGUCCCUAAACUCGACCACAAGUGGACGGAUGAAACGAAGGGCCCCGGCACCACCCAAGAAAUUGUCUCCCGUUCCUCCAGUUGUCCCAAUCCCUGAGGAAACGCCCUCCCUGAUUUAUAAAGAGGAAGCUGUGGUUGAACCCAAGACCGUAGUCGAACCCAAAAUCAUGGUCGAAUCCAAACCCAAGGUUCAGAGUUCCGUGCCCGAGCCUGCCCCUCGGACCCUGGGCAUUGUCAAACAAGAGACUGUGGAGGAAAGAGUGGAAGAUGUUGUUCCUCCCCCACCGGCAUCACCAUCUCCAGAUGCUCCGGAGUAUCAAGCGAAAGACAUUGGCCCCCAAGAGUCAGUAGAGGAGUUCCUAGAAGAGACUGCUCCAGAAGAUCCGAAGCCCAAUGGACCCCAACUCCAACGCCAGGACCGAUUUGAACAGAGUAUUGAAAGCCCAAUGGAGGGGCUCAGUAGAGAGGAUAUUGAAAAGGCAAUGGCCAGAAGGGAAAAAGAACAAAGGCGAAAGGAGAGGCGGGAAAGGCGGGAGAGGAGGGCCAAAGAUAGUGAACAAGUGGCCGAUACUCCCCCCUUGACGCCACUUGAAGUGGCGCCUUCAUCGGUGUCUGCAGAAAUGAAGGAGAUUCCCAUGGAAAGCCCACUGACGUCCACCCCAAAGAUCGAAAAGGUCUCCACCUUCACUGAAGCCGGAGUCCACGAGUCACGUGUUCAAGCCGAACCUAGUCCAAAAUCCACCUCAACAAUGGAUGAGAACGCGACGAAAAUGUCGGAGCCCGCAUCCAAACAACCCGAGCCCGAGACCAAGUCCUCCUUAGAUCCUGUAGUUACGGACACUCCGCCCAUAGUAGAUGAGGAACCCAUUGAACCCACGCUUAGAGCGUCAUCCAGCACUGUAGAUCUCGCCUCAGAUAAAACUGGUGAUGGUCGUAUUUUAGAUAGUUCUUCUAACCCAGCUAAAGCACUUGAACACGCGGAAGCAACCACCAAGCAUUCCUCCACACCCAAGAAGAUGCCACGUCCUUCUACUGACUCUAUUGCAUGCUCAAGUUCCAAAGAACCCGACCCUUCCUCCCUUCCUAAACCGACCUCACCUGUUGAUCCCCUCACUCCAAUUUCCUCUAAUUCCAGUGCCUUUGCCAUAUCCCCCCAAAUCGAAGUUCUCCCGAGUCCGACUUCCAAACAAACGGGCAAGCAUCAUCCUCGUCCCACAGACCAGCAGAAUGCUCCAGCCCCUCAAUCCAUCCCGCACACUCCUGGCUCUGUUCCAUUAAAUCCUUUAGUUAAGGCAUCAAAGCCCAAGGACCCGAUCUUAAACCCAAGGGCCCUGGGGGCUCGAGCAAAAGAAAAUUCGGAACCAACCCCUCCUCUCUUGAAACAGGACAGCAAGACUGAUCUCGAUAAUCUUCCAAACUUUAAAUUUGCUCCAGCUGCUCAAGUAAAUGUACAUGGACCAGGUAGUCAGAAGGACAAAUCCAGCAAGACUCAAGUUGUCGCUGUUGAAGAACCAGAUCAAGUUGUGGAUGACGACCUUCUGGAUGGUGACGUGACCCUAUUUUCUAUGCAACAGCCGAUUUUUAGACCUAAGCCAAAACCUAAAGCCAAAAAAGUUGACAAAAUAAAUCCAGCCGCCAUCAAGGGCCUGACUCCCGAAGAAGAGAUUAGGCUUGAAGAAGCCAAAAAGGCGGAAGAAGCCAGAAAGAUUCAAGAGGAACAAGAAAGGGCGGAAAAAGCCAAGAAAUUGGCCGAGGAUAGGGUGUCCAAGCGGACGGAACUUCAAAAGAAAAUGGAAAAGUCUCGCCAACUCCAAAUUGAGCGUGACAUGAGGGCUCGUGCUAAACAAGACCAAAGCAUAGAAACCUUCAGAACGGAGGAUCUCAGGCACCAACUCACCUCUCAGAUUUAUGAUGUCGACGAGCCCUCGGGCGAGCCUCAGUACAAGCGCAAAGUGGCACCCAACACGGUCACACUUGAAAUUGAUGAAGACGAUGACCUUUUGCCCAUCCGAAGGAACCGGUCUUUAUCUGAUACUUCUACCAACACAACCUCUACUGAUGAAGACGAGGCUACAAAGCCUCUAGCCAAGACACCCCAUGCCUCAAGUGACAAACGAACUGGAGGUGGAGCAACUUUGAGCCAAUAUUCACAAGGGUUGGUUAGCAUGAAAUCAACGUAUCGCACAGGCCUUGAGACCCAGGAACAGGCUUUGGACUUUGACACGGAAUCAAGUACUUACACCACAAUCGGGGAAACGUUGAAAAAUGAGCAAACCCAUGUGCCCAAAGAGCUGGAAACAACUUCUGAUCCUGUUUGUGACCAAAGGGAGGAACACGUGACCCAAAACGAAGGUCAAAAAACUUCCAUUGUCACGUCUGAGAAUUCGAAUGACUCCUUGAGGAGUGAUCUCGGCAAACGUCAAGCCAUUUCUCAAGCCUUAGACGAGUCCUACGCUUCAAUCGACAGGAAAGACCUGUCAUCCCAGGAUCAGUCAGACUCGCAACAGUGGGAAUAUAAGAUUCCCGAAGUCCCAGCACCGCCUCCAUCCGGAUUCCAGGACUCGGAGAGUGGCGACGAGGAGGUCCAUCAAGAUGCUGAAGAGCUGCCAAUCCAGGCCAAGACCAUUCCAGUGUUGCAGCAAUCAGUGAAUGUUAAAGGACAAGACUCCAAAGACUUGCGAAGAACAUUCCUGUUGGAAGAAAUUGGCGAGUCCUGCACGGACACGGAAGUCCCCAUCCACUCUGAGAGUGUCGCUUCAACUCUGGCCCAGGAGUUUGACUCUGACUUUGAGUCCUGUGAUCCCAAAGACUCCGACGAGGAAGGCAUUCAAGAGGCAGUGAACAUUGUUCCUGUGAUCCGAGGCCCAAUGCAGUUCAGCAUCGACAGCUAUGACGCUCGGGAUCGGAAAGAGAUACCGUACUAUAAGAAACUGGCCCGAUCCGAAUCCAUGAACGCAAGGCAUGAACCCACGGACGAAGACGGAGACUCCGUGAUCUCUGAUCAUCCCCCUAAGCUUGAGGAUCAGCACGAAGAGAUGAACAAAUAUGCCACUCUACCCCCCAAUAUGAACGUCACACCCAUUGUAGAGGAAAGUGACUGCUCCAGUGCGGACGAAACCGAGAGCCCAAUAGCCAAGGAGACCAGGGUGGCCCCAAGUGAAAUCUACAGUAACUUUCACGAACCAACUCCUGUGAUCCAGGGCACCGACCUCGUUACCAGUCCAUCGGUUCCGGACUCCUUCCGAGAAGAGAUCAAGCAGACCCAGCCCAUCCUGGUUCAAGAAGUCAAUAAGCCUGCUGUACCUGUGGGAGUCAAACCCAGCAUCAGGGAGCACCCUUCCUUCCGCUUGAAUAAAACUCAAAGGGAUGGCAAAGUCCCCUGGAUCAUGAAGAAGACCUCCCUCCAAGGCAAUCGAGUCGUUCUCAACGACGACUUGGUGCUCAACUUGCGGCGGAAACAAAGCUUUGGCACCAACACCCCUUUGCCUUUGGCGAACUCUAAACGGGAACGAGCCGUAUCCAUGGUCAAUCUGGAUCGUAUCCCGAAUGAACCAGAGACUACCAACAUAAAAGUCGCCGUUUCUCAGGAAUCCAUGCCUCCUCCGACCAAUUCAAUCCAAUCUACUUUAUCGGCAAUCAAGCAAGAGAUUCUGAGUAAACAGUCGGCGGAUCCGAGAUCCAUCUCACCGUCCCCGCCGUCCUCCAUAUCAUCUUCCCCCGUGGGCUUGGUGACGAAUGCCUUGCAAAAAUUAGCCAGACCAGUGGAACAAAUUCAAUUGACACCAAGAUCCGCGUCUCCUUCGCCUUCGAGCACUUUAUCAAGCAGAGGAUCCAGUUCGCAACCUCAUACUCUCUCCGCACUAAAUGAGAGUUCAAAUUCUUUAGAAGACUCGCAGAGUGGCCAUAGUUCCUUACAAUCUGGCGGCAGUGAAGGUGGCACCAUGAGCUCCAGGAUUCAGCGCUUCCAUGGCCCGCCCUCCAUUCAAUUGGGAACAUGGGAUGACCGGUCCAGGAAAAUGAGUGAGAUGCCAAUACCCACGUUUGGCUCGGCCAAAACAGGGCGUAGUGGGCGGCACUCCCUGGCCUCCCUGAGCACCACCUCCUCUGAGCUGUCCAGCCUCAAGUCAACCAGUCCUCAUUUGAGUCAUUUGGAAGAGGAUGAGGCCGAUUUUAGUCAAAUGAACCAACAAGUUCGAGCCAGCAUUCAGCGCAUGGAGCAAAACCAUCAAAACAAACCGCCCAAAUUUGAUGCCAAAGCCAGGGUUGCCAAACCGUGGAAGCGAGCCUCGCUCAGUCAAAUGACCAUUGAUCCCUCUGAACCCAAAAAUGAAGUACUUGCAUCGGCCAGGAAGCCUUCAGGCAUUCUGCUACCUGUUGUGUCUCCUGUUGAGUCACCCAAUGAAUCGACAAUAAAUGAGGAAAAGCCCCGUCACUUUUACUUCGGACAAGAGCCUUCAGCCACCGACAACAGACUGUCGCAGUCCAAGCCCACGGCCAUCGAAAAGGUCAAGAACAAUGAGGCGCUGUCUCAUCCUCAGAACAUUGUGGUCAACCCUGGUUAUCAGCUUAAAGAGUAUGUAAACCCUAUGGAGAAAUCUGGCAAACCAAACUUUGCUUUUGGUGACACUCCACCGUCCAAGCCCUCCAAGAACUCUCAGAACUUGCAACUCUCAAAUGGCAUUCCCAAACCGGUUCUCCCUCCAAAGACGAAGGAUGCCACGGACAUCAACGAGCCGUCCAAGGAGGUGGUCAUUGAACCCAAAAUCAAGCCAGCAGUUGUGAACUACUCCAAAUUUGCCGACUUCCGCGUUCCUCGGCCGCAAUUGGAACCCAAACCCAAGCGCCCCUCCCAACCUGAGAAGACUCAGGAUGAGGUUCGCAAGGCCUUUGAGUCUGAACUCAAGGCGGGGAAGAAGAGCCUCAAGUCAUACGAGAAUGAUUCGGAUUCUGGCAGCAACAGUGUUAGUCCUGGACCCAAUGUCUCCAUUAUUCCCCCUCCUCCCCCUCCUCAAUUCAGCAACGGCCACCAUAUUCCCCCUGCACCCAAAAUGAAUGGUCCUAUUGUGCCUCCAGCCCCCAAGUUGACGAACUUCCCAUCCAAUGUCACGGCCAAUGGCAAACGGAUUGUACCGGCUCCAAGCAAGCAACAAUCAUCCCAUGCAGAUCUUCUGGUUGCCAUUCGUAACAAGGGGGGAUUGAAAGGCCUUCGCAAGACUGGCAAACAGCUCUAGAGGACCUCCAUGUCGCCACUAUGCAUCAGAGAACCUUGCAAUACCCGUUUUCCGACCAAUCUAGUCGUCUCCCAAUUGCUUUUUUCUUUUCUAUUUUCUAAUGCUACACUUUUGGGGGACCCUUCCUCUGAAACAGCUGAUGUUGUACUGGUAACAGCUGUGAUUCCAUUUUUUUUGUACUAGUAACUCUUUGGCAUGUGACACACUGUUAAGAUAUCAGUCAUGUACAUAGGGCAGAUUAGAAUAUAUGCUAUUAUAUCGCCAUUCGUUGAUGAAGAUAAAUCAUCUGACAUAACUUGUACAUAAUAUCCUUAUAUAUCGCUGAAUAAAGGAGCAAAAUAACCUA